AUGGGCGGAGAGGAGGAGCAGGCGGAGGAAAUUCGGCGGUUACUGCACUGCGCCGCCUCAAAGGCCGACGCCUUCGCCAUUUUGCGACUUGAUGCGCAGUCUUGUGAGUUGUCUGACAUCAACCGUAACUUCCGGAAGAUUGUGCUGAAGGUCCACCCCGACAAGUGCACCCUUGCGAAGGCCGCCGACGCCUUCCACGUCGCCGAAAAUGCACACAAGCUACUGAGCAACGAGGCCAUCCUCGUGCGGCUGAAGAUUGCUCACAGGAAGAAGAAGGAGAGGGAAGAGGAGGCGGCGGCGCAGCGGCAGGCGAGUUUAGGCCCUGUUGCUGGGUGCGGCGGCGGCGGCAGUAGUGUUGACCCGACAGAUGAGGCGAACUUGUCAAGAGAGGAGCGGACGCGGCGUCGACGCCGUGAGCAGCUUGUGGAGCAGCAGUUGGAGGCCGCACGGCUGGCGGAGGAAGCGGCACGCAAGAAACAGCGCGUGGAGCGGGAGACAAAGGAGCAAGCUGAAAUCGCCACAGAGCUGGAGCGGCAGCGGAAGGAGUGGAAGGACCUGAAUCUUUUUUAG